AUGGCUAUACAUAAAUAUUGCAUAAAAUUUUUAAUUAAGUCUCUUUUCCGAAAUUGGACUAAAAACAUAUUUAACCCNGAUGAUUCUGAUAUACUUGUUCCUGCAGGGGACACAGAGUUUGCCAAAGAUGCUUCCUUUGGCUACAAAUCUUCAAACCUGCGUGAUUGGGUAGAGGAGAAGACAAAUGGUCGAAUACUUGCUAGUAGUGUUGCAUCUGUUUCUAUCCAACUUUUGAGGAAAGGAGGACCAAAUGCAGUUUGUCAGCAUCUGUGCAGUUUGCAGAAGGGGACAAUAUGCAUAGUUAAUGCAGCUAGUGAACGAGACAUGACUGUAUUUGCACUUGGAAUGAUCAAGGCAGAAUUGACAGGAAAACGUUUCUUGUGUCGCACUGCUGCUAGUUUUGUCUCUGCCCUUAUGGGAAUCAUCUCUAAGCCUCCAAUAUUGCCAAGUGAUCUAGGAAUAGCUAAUGAAAAGAAUGGUGGUCUGAUAGUUGUGGGGUCCUAUGUUCCAAAAACAACAAAGCAGGUUGAAGAACUCAAACUACAGUGUGGUCAGUUCUUAAAAAGCAUUGAGGUAUCAGUUGAAAAACUUGCAAUGAGCCCUAUUGAGGUGAGGGAGGAGGAAAUCAGUAGAACAGCUGAAUUAGCAGACGUAUAUCUUAAAGCUCAUAAAGACACUUUAAUAAUGACCAGCCGAAAUCUCAUAACUGGAAGAACUGCAGCUGAGAGUUUGGACAUUAACUAUAAAGUGAGUUCUGCUUUGGUGGAAAUAGUGAAAAGAGUAACUACAAAACCUCGCUAUAUAAUUGCAAAGGGUGGUAUUACGUCUUCAGACCUCGCUACGAAAGCCCUUGGUGCAAGAUGUGCGAAGAUAGUUGGACAAGCACUUGCUGGUAUUCCCUUGUGGCUAUUAGGCCCUGAAAGUAGACAUCCUGGAAUUCCUUACAUUGUCUUCCCUGGUAAUGUUGGUAACAGCACAGCAUUGGCAGAAGUUGUGAAGUCAUGGACUUACCCAAUCAUUUUUACAUCAACGAAAGAAAUUCUUAAUAAUGCAGAAAAGGGUGGUUAUGCUGUUGGAGCAUUUAAUGUCUACAAUUUGGAAGGAGUUGAAGCUGUUGUUUCUGCUGCAGAGGAAGAACAGAGUCCUGCUAUAUUACAGAUCCAUCCAGGGGCCUUGAAGCAAGGAGGAAUUCCCUUGGUUGCUUGUUGCAUUUCUGCUGCAAAGCAAGCGAGUGUUCCAAUUACUGUUCACUUUGAUCAUGGAACUUCAAAGCAGGAUCUUGUGGAAGCUCUUGAUCUGGGAUUCAGUUCCAUUAUGGUUGAUGGUUCACAUCUUUCUUUCAACGAAAAUGCUGCAUACACAAAAUUUAUAACAUUACUGGCGCACUCAAAAAAUAUGCUGGUGGAAGCUGAGCUAGGAAGAUUGUCAGGGACAGAAGAUGAUUUGACUGUAGAAGAGUUUGAAGCCAGACUAACCGAUGUGAAUAUGGCAUCAAAAUUCAUAGAUGAGACCGGAAUAGAUGCUUUGGCAGUGUGUAUUGGUAAUGUGCAUGGGAAGUACCCUGCAAGUGGUCCAAAUCUCAGACUUGAUCUGCUCAAGGAGCUGCAUGCUUUGAGCCUGAAGAAAGGAGUUUAUCUGGUGCUUCAUGGUGCGUCUGGUUUGAGCAAAGAACUUGUUAAGGAGUGCAUAAAUCUUGGUGUUAGAAAGUUCAAUGUGAACACCGAAGUAAGGAAAGCAUACAUGGACUCCCUGAUUAACCCCAAGAACGAUCUAGUUCAUGUCAUGGCUUCUGCUAAGGAAGCCAUGAAAGCUGUGGUUGCAGAAAAGAUGCAUCUCUUUGGUUCAGCUGGAAAGGCGUAAUUUCUUCAAAUUUACUUGCUAGGACUAUUGGUGACUCUCAACUUCAUAUUAUUUUUCUAUAAUGUUGUCUUGUUUGUAGUAAGGAAUCGUUGUACCAUUUCAUUCAGUUCA